UGCGCCCAUAAGUCUUCCCCUGACACGGUUCAUAUGUGCGGAUGAUUUUAUUAUUUUUUUCAUAACAACAUUUUAAAUUGGCUAGAUUUGUUUGCUAACUUGCAUGUGCUCUUCUUUGCAAGUGAUAGAUCUAAAGGUGACAAGUGCAGUGACAGGUAAUAAAUUGAAUACGGUGUGCAGUCCCUAAGACAAGACGAGCCUUAGUGGUCGUCGGCUGCUGGUUUGUUUACGAUGCAUCUGCGGCGACCCACACUUUCCUUCUCUCGCCUCUUGUGGACCUGUCUUAGUGGUAGUGCGACGCCUACGCCUCCUUCACGUACCUACAUAACACGGGCAUACACUACGACAGUGUCUCAGCACAAAGAUGUGGACGAGAGUAUCAGCAAAAAACUGGAGACCGGCAAAAGUGGAGGCGAGGGUGAUGGUGGGGGACUGAAUCUCUCCACUGAUUCGGCCUUGCGGCGCCUGGUGACCUCGCUGUCCACCGAGCAGCAGACUGUUCUCCUCACCGAACUCCACAGAAUCCAGGCAGAAUCUGCCAGGAAGAAGGCCGAAGAGAAGCUUGCAUCCUGGCGGUGGAGGUCUCGUUUUGGGCGGCCUGCAUCCCUGCACUCCCCACAGCCUGAUCCAACAGGCACCUACUGUGCCAUCCCAGAAGAAUGGCUGCGAAAGAAAGCUGCUGAGAAGAACAGAACCUCAAAACUCACUGCUGCACAGCUCAGACAGUUGGCUGUCCACAACGCUCUGCCUUUCAUUGGCUUUGGCUUCCUCGAUAAUCUAAUCAUGAUAGUUGCUGGUGACUACAUUGACCUCACUAUUGGCACUGGUCUGGGCAUCAGCACCAUGGCAGCAGCAGCAUUAGGCAACACAGUUAGUGACUUAGCAGGCAUUGGAUCUGCAUGGUAUGUGGAGAACAUUGCUGUCAAAACUGGGAUCAAGCCACCAGAGUUGAGUCCUGAACAACUGGAGGGCAUGGCAGCACGGUGGUCAGCUAACAUGGGUCGUGGUUUGGGAGUGGUGCUUGGGUGCCUCCUUGGGAUGUUUCCAUUAUUCUUCUUAUCUAACCAUGAGGAAGACAAGAAGGUGUUGGUUUUACCUAACCAUGAGGAGAACGAGAAGGUGCCAUCAUUGUCUGACCAUAAGGAGGACAAGAAAGUGCUGGUAGAUGACUGAACUCUACUAUGUCAUUAUUGUUGUGCAGUUGUAUCCUAGGUGCUGUGAGGAUUUGCAGGUUCCUUAGCUCCAUCUCUAUUCCAAGUGGACACACUAGAAGACUAAUGAUGCAUUGCUGAUUAUCUGCCAGAUUUAUGAUUAGCUGUGUUUUUGUUAGUACAAACAUUUCAAUUCAAACUGCUAUGUUAUAUUGGAUUCAAGUGCCACUUGAUGUAUCCAUACAUGUAGCUAAGGAUUUGAGGCCCAAGUCAGUAGGUAGGUGGAUGCCACAACCUUGUGAUAGCCUGACUACCUACAUAUAAUAUUUGAGGUUAUAGUUACUCUUCAGGCCUGCUUUUCUCAUGGAGCAAUGUGUUAUUGUUAUUUCUCUGAAUCGAAAGAUGCUGUUGAAGAAUCUAAGUUUUUCCCUAUUUUCUAUUAUUUAAUGUAACAAAGACAUAACAUAAAGUAAGUUCUCACAUUGUGUGAAACCAGUGCUUAUGCAGCUCAAUGUAUUUCUAGAUGUAGUUGUUACUGUUAUGAAAAUUCACCUUCAGUUUUAGUUUUUGUGCCACCAUGGCUGCUCUCAGAGUGAUUGUUCAGCAGAAGAAUGAUUGUGUAAUGAUUGCAUGGAUGUAUGAAAAGCAGCACUUUUUGGCAGCAAGGUUUAACCCCUCAACUGGUGUAGCUAUAUUGUACCCAACAGGCAUUCUCACUUAUACAUUUAAAUACAAUUUUAUGUUAUUUAAAGUUCAAAUGUAUGUUCAUUAGAAUUUUACCUCAUGAUGUUAAUAGACAUCUUGGAUACAGGUGCUAGUAGUCAGAUGCAAUAGUUUAGAGCUGUACUAAGUCAGUAUUUAUGGUUGCUUAUUCAUGGCAUGGAGAGGCUUAAUUGAAAUGUUGAGAAAUUAGCAUAAAGUUUUAGAUAACCACUUUAUUGGCAAUGUUGAUAAUAUUUACUUUUCACUAUUACUUGAAUCAGGUUUAGGAGUUGGGACCCUAAGUUUAAGAGGAUAAAGCAAAUUUAUUGGAAUUACUAACACAGUAAUCCUUAGUUAGAACUGUGAUACUCGUAUAACAGACACCACUUCAAUGGACUAAACAUACUAACUCAAAGUUAAAUCAGAGAUUUUAAGGAGCUAACAUUUUUUAGUAAAUUGUUGGCUGUAACACAGUAUUUUAUAUAAUUUAAUCAUGAAAUAUCACUUCAAAUAGAUUUCAGGUUCAGUUACUAUCUUUGGUAAAUACUGUCUGAGAGGCAGUUGAGGUGACUGAUGUUGGUCAUAUCCUGGCAGAAGCACAUGGGUGGCAAUCAGUUUGCAAAGGCUUGCAUUAUCUCUCUCUUCUCUUCAUGUCAAUCUAACAUAACAUGUAUUUGGUAGGGUGAUUUCAUAGAAUAUCCCUUGAAUGCAUGCCCAUUGCAUUGAAAUCAGGUAUUGUACAACUGUAAAUGUAAAAUAAGAUGGCUUGCCUAAAUUCUUUGGGCAUGACUUUAUAAGGAGUCCGUUCCAGAAAAAAAUAUAAAUUUUGAAGUUGCAUUUAUAUCACCUGUAUGGUAGGAAUAGGCUUGAGUAGAAAAUAGAAAAUCAAGGGUUCCAAUUUUGUAUGUGAUUAAGAUCAUUAAAAAAUCAUUUAAAAGAAAAACUGACCUGGGCAGAUAGGCAAUAAGGCUGAGUAAGUGUCAAUCCCACAUUAAUGGUGUUGUUGAAUAUAGUAUCAUUCACUUUCAACAUUCCAAGUCUGGAGUUGUCCCCAUAUAGUUUCAAUUUAGCUAUCAGCAUUUAUGACAUGAAUUAAUUUUUAUUGCAAGGCUUACCCCUACCAUAACCUAAGUAGAAAACAACAAAACAGCUCCUGUGAGCCACAUGCCUUGCAGAAAAAACAGGACCAAGAGUAUUUGGGUUAGAACACUGUAUGACACCAUUUGCAGGAAAUUAGGUGAUAUAUUUUAUUGAUAAGGGUAAACAGUGAAAAUAACUUUUCACUUCACUAAUGAAUAAAUGCAUUGUUGAAUUUUGUUAAAAACACAAACCCACUGGUUUCCAUAGGCCAUGCCUUAACUACAAUCAACCUCCCAUAUUGUAUCUAGUUAUCUGUUAAUGUAAACACAUCACGAGAGUUCAGUGCAAAACUUAUCCUUUUAAAAUCUCCUCUGUAAAUUUUACUAAUGUAUGUCUCUGAUACACCCUUGUAAUAUCUUUACCUGUGUGAGAAUAGCUAGAUGUGUUGUAACCGCUAAGAAUUGCUGUGAAAUGCCCUUGCUUCACAUGGUUAUGGCUGUAAUCAAGAAUGUAUCUGAGAUGACAAACACCAUCUUGCAUGUAGUGUGACUUAUGACUUGCUGUCUUGAAUAGUAAUUUUAAAAGAAGCUGAUGAAUCUCCUAAAUGAAUAUCCCUUGAUACAGAGAGUAAAGCUCCCAGGAAAAGUUCAAUAUGCAAGUUAGAAGCAAUAUGUGAAUGGUGAAGGCAAGUUUGGGUUUAAAAAUCUUCACAGUAUCAAAUGAAGGUGAAGAUUUUCUCAGAUCAUUAGUUUAGAUCCCACAAAAUUAGUUUAUAAUACAUCAGACUUUCCAGAGUAAUGUACCUGCUUUGGAAUUGAUAAUCUGUUAUAAUGGAUAACAGUAUCAAAUGAAGGUGAAAAUUAUUUCUCAGAUCAUUAGUUUAGAUCCCACAAAAUUAGUUUGCAAUACAUCAGACUUUCCAGAAUAAUGUACCUGCUUUGGAAUUGAUAAUCUGUUAUGUUAAUGGAGGAUUAUUGAAGAGAUGUCCAGGGGUUCCUGGUAGUGGAAUGUAGUGGAAGGAAUUGUGGUGUCUGUCACCCUUGGCUGACUCUAGUCCAUUGAGUGUUAACAUGUUUUAAUCGCAUGCCUAGUUUCAUGACAAGGUUUGUGCUAUAUUGCAAAGCUCUCUUUUAGUAGAACUAUUUUAUACUGAGCAUUUAGGCAUGCCAUCAAACCUACCUGUACCACACCUAAGAUGAUUUGAGAAUACCCUUGCCUUCAAUUAAAUGGCCUCUAUUUUUUUUUUUUUUUUUUUCUUUCCUCCAGAUAAGUUCUUUGUUACUACUUUGAAGCAUAGGAGGAUGUGCAGCAGGUGUGGAAAGGAAGGUUUCCAUGGUUAAUGGUGACCAGAGAAAGUGACCUCAGUCUCCUUCCUUCACCUAGCUGGUGGUGAGUGGCCAUAACCAGUCACUGUAUGACAUAGACAGUGUCAGAAAGCAGUAUUGUCAUGUGUUGUGGUAUAUACAUUAAAAUUAUUGCCAUUAUCCUCAAAGAAAUGAAACAUUCAUAAUAUUUUUAAUCUUUAUCAAAGAAAUGGAUGUCCUCAGAUUUAUAUUGAAACAAUAACUAAUGUAUCAGGCAAGAGAGGAGUAUUGUGACUGAUGUGGCAGAGUGGUGGACAGGAGAAUCCCCACAGGGGGUAUGCUUAAACACUCGGUAUGAAAUAAUUUUAUUAUAACUUGCAGCUGGUGGACGGGUUUCUUACCACCAUUACAUUUAUCCGUCAUGGAGCAUUUGCAUAUAUAGUACUCAUGAUUUUAAUAUUUGUUUGAAUUUUAUAAGAAUUUAUUGUUGUAUUAAACAUUUCUUAGUGUGAUACUUAGUUUUCUAGAAGUUUUAAUGUAGAUGAAUGUUAUGUAGAUGAGUUAUUUGAUAUUGUUAUUUGCAUGUCUAUAUAAUUAUAAAUAUUCAUUUGUCUGUUGUAUUGUCAGUCCAGUUAUCUGCAGAGUCACUUUCUUUAAGAACAUAGUCAUUUCAAUUGUAGGUGUAGAUUACUAUCACCUAAGAAUACUUACUGAGGACCAGUUACAAUUAUAUACAUACAAAAAGAAAAAUCUUGCAUUUUUAGAAACAUUUACAUACCAAGUGUCAAGUCAUUUAUAAAAGUUAACAAAUGUCUUAGUUAAUUCAGUUAAAAAGUAGAUAUUUUUCUAAAAUUGUAGUGGCCAAGAUGAGGAUAUUUUACAGUGCGACAACAGAAAUGCACUUUAAUGAAGUCUUGUUGUAAAGGAAUUUUUAAACAGGUUUUUAUGAGCGUGUAUGUUGAGUUGAUUGAUGAAAGCAAACCUAUUAUCUGGUCAGACAUUUAUCAAGACUGUAACAUAAACUAAGGUUUUCUUAAGUGUAUCACUGUAAAAUAUAUUACUUUGUCAAGGUAUUCAAUUUUCUCUAUUGCGCAGUUUUUCUGAUCCUUAAAUUUAGAUAACAAUUAUUGAAGGAAACAUAAGAAAACAUGAUAUAAAUUUGAUAUUGUACAUCAGCACCAUUUAAAUGUAACUGAAUACAAAUAUUAGAAAAGCAUUUCCAGGAGUUAAGAAACAUUUAGAUUACCCUCAUUAUAAUCCUCAUCAUAGUCGUGAUCAUCAUUGUCAUAACUGGAUGGUAUGCAGGAUAGGGAUGAAAACAGAGUUGUGUUUUAUUUUGCUUUAAUAAGGCUAUUUGUUAUGCCUUAACUAAUCACAAACUAUUAUUCUUGCUAACAGAGAAAAAAAUAGCUUCGUGCAUGUAUAUUAAAUAUUCUAAUAAGUUUGUGUGAUGAAUGUACAAUAGCCUUUAUUUUUUAAACAGACGAGAUUAAUUACAUAAAAUUACAGAGAGAUGAAUUAUAUCGUGCAAGAAUGGUGAAGCUACAUGUUAUGAAUUUGGAAGGUUGUGGUGAUGAUAAAGUGUGAGGACAAGAUAUUAUUACUCAUAGAAAAGAGGAAAUUAUGGGAGGCAUCUGGAGUCUUUUGUUGCCAUUGCUCAAGGAAGGAUAUCCAGUAUUAUUUACAUUAUUGAGAGAAGUUUUGGAGUAUGACCUUUCAAAUAAGUAUUGAGAUUAGUAUAUGUAUUUGUCUUGUUAUCCUAUUAAUGUAUUAGAAUAUUGUAUCUACCUACUUGAAAUUAGCAGCCCUUAAGUAGGGAGGGGCAUCUCUUCAUAAAUUUAAUUUUAAUUUGAGAUGAUUGAAAAAUUGGUUUUAUAGUGGAAGGUUUCAAUUAUUGUAAUACUUUCAAUAAAUAGUAGAUAAUACUGCUGUAUGGUAUAUAAAUUCUAUAGAACCAAUAAAAUUUAUGUUGCUUU